CACAUGCAGCUCUGCAGGGAAGUCUGUGACAGCCUGGCCAGACUUAGGGCUCAUGCUCUGGUCAGAGUCAUGCCAUCCCAGACUCUGCUGCCUGUCCUUGUUCUCUGUGUGGUGCUGCUACUGCUGCAGGCCCAGGGAGGAUACCAUGACAAGAAGAGGAUGCAGAAAACACAGCUAUCCCCAGAAAUCAAAGUCUGCCAGCAGCAGCCUAAACUAUAUCUAUGCAAACACUUAUGUGAAUCUCACCGAGACUGUCAAGCAAAUACCAUAUGCUGUUCUACCUACUGUGGGAAUGUUUGCAUGAGCAUCCUGUGAGUGGGAGAGUGGGCUGGGAUGUGCAUCCUGCUUCCCAACUCCUCUAUCCAAGACUGUGCCCACAUCCGAAGCACAAGGACCUCAAGUCACCAGCAUAAGAACAUGAACAGGAAUGCUGCCCUCUCUACUGUCUGAACCCCUUGUCCCUGUCAAAUAAACCAGAACAAAUGCCCAGGGA